AUGUUCCGCUUCCCGUGGAUUCUCACCAACGGUGCUAUGGGUGAUCUGCAACUGAUCAAUUUGGACACGGGCCGGUUAACCGUUGACAAGUUGGAUGUCACUCGUCAGUCUACUGUACCUCGUGCCUCUGGCUCCGGCAUUCCUGUUGUGUAUAACGAAGUUUUGCUGUUUGCUGCAGUCACGUCGGACCGCCAUGGAUCCUGGUUGGUCACCUAUGAACGAAUGAUCCCAUGUCGAGGAAAAUCGGUAGUAGACGAUCAAGCUCGAAUAAUUUGGUGGAAGUGGACACAACCCAAUGUGGAUUCGCUACCACCAAGGUUCGAACCAUUGGAAUCCUACUCCCUCAGUCAUCUAAAUUGUCGAGGCACUGAUCUAGGCUAUGUCGAGGAUUCGGACCUAUACACUUACCUUCUGCUCGCGGAUAUGCGUUUAAUGAUUUGGCGAUAUGAGAAAAACAAGGGACUGCGAACUGUACUGGCCCCCUUGAUUUUGAAACGUUCAAAGAAAUGUUCGAAAGGACUAGAACUUAAGCUAGCCUCUCUCUUAACCGAAUUGCAUCCAGUAUGCUGUCGUGCCCAUCCUACCAAACCAUGGCUGGCUAUCGGCUUGGUCAGUGGACAAGCAACGAUACUUCAAAUCGAGCAUUCUAUGGGCAAGAAAAUUUCAUUUUGUCCCAUUUACACCUUACCCCAGAUCAGCGCACAUCCACUCUGUGAUCGACGUGCCAGUCAUAGGGGUGGAACCAAUCGACGGCACUCCAAUGUACAAACUGUUGGUUCUGGCACCUGUCCGGCGACCACCACAAAACUGCUCACUUUGGAAUUUUUACCCUCCGUUCAUAGCACUGCAUAUUCAGAGGUUAGACUGGUUGGUCUGGUAGAGACGAUCAUAGGCCGCGAACGUGGUAGACGUGAUUUGAUUGUCUACGGAACUUCUCCUGGUGCAUCUCACCAGGUCACCGAAAACGUUAUAUCAAAGGUUACCCAGGCGGCCAAUGUUCUCCAGUUCGCUGACCCAGCACCUACCACAUGCCUUCCGCAAAUCCAGUCACCCUUAGCCGGUCGCAAGCGUGUUGCUGAUCGAACGGAUUCUGAGAUAGUGGAUGCAUUGCGUCAAGUGAGCCAGUAUCCGCUGCUCACUGCUCCAGCGCCCGAACAACUACUUCGACAACUGAUGAGCAAACCGACUCAUGCAGAGUAA